AUGACCUCUUUGAACGUGUUUACAAUUUUCCUCCACGGCCUCUUCUCCACCAUUGGCAUCGUGGAAAACCUCCUUAUUGUCGGAGUGGUGGGCUUCUAUGUCCGCCGCUCUGUUAUCAGCAUCUGGAUCCUGAACCUCGCGGCCUCCGACCUGCUCGCCACCGCUUCCCUGCCCUUCUUCACCCUCUACAUGGCCCGAGGCAACACCUGGACAAUGGGUCCCACCUUCUGCCGCAUCCACUCCUCCGUCUUCUUUCUCAACAUGUUUGUCAGCGGCUUCCUGCUGGCAGCCAUUUCUAUGGACCGCUGUUUGAUGGUGCUGAGACCCGUCUGGGCCCAGAACCACAGAAGCAUCCACCUAGUGAGGAAGAUAUGUGGGGUGAUUUGGGUCUUGGCUGUGAUCUGCACUGUACCCUUCUACAUGUUCCGUGACACCAUCCCCCUGCCCACCGGCCACAUUCUUUGUUACUACAAUUACGCUCAAUUCCUCCCUAGUGAACCGUACAACUUAGAAUCUUUAUGUAAGCAGCGCAAGGAGGGCUUGGCAUUCAUGAGGCUCUUUCUAGCCUUCCUGAUCCCUCUCCUGAUCAUCAUCCUCAGCUACGCAGCCGUGAAUGUCAGCUUGGCGCGCCGAGGCUGCCGACGCCCCUUUCGAUUCGUUCGGCUCGUGGUGGCUGUCGUGGUGAGCUUCGUGCUCUGCUGGGCUCCGUACCACUUCUUCAUCAUCGCAGAAGUGAUGGCCCCCAGCGGGGACCGUCUACAGACGCUCGCAGCCAAGGCCCUCCCCGUUGCAGCGACGAUCGGCUUCCUCAACAGCGUCCUCAACCCCGUUCUGUAUGUGUUCAGCUGCCCUGACCUGUGCAGUAAGAUCAGACAUUCUCUCGGUGCGGUGAUGGAGAGCGUCCUGGCCGAGGAUCUGGCAGAGCUGGCUCGACGCCGCAGCACUGCUCGUAGCUCCAUCAACACCUCUGAGAUAGUGCUGAGGCAUAAGAAUUCCAUUCCAGUGCCUAUGGAGGAGCAAGAGCACACUGAAACUGUCAGUAACUAA